AUGACUGGAGGGUCAUUGGGGAUCCGUUCCGGUAGUUAUGGUUCAUUGGACAAGCAACUACAACUACAUCCACAGAAUGGUAAUGGUGGUCUUACAGGUGCCUUCUUACCUAUGCAAACAACUAGCCGUCCUAAGCCUGCAAAGAUGUUUAAGGAGAAAGAGAGUCUCUUCCAUUGGAUCGUCAAGUUUGCUGGUAGAAAAAAGGUUGGAAUGCUGUUCCUUUGUGUCAUCUCUGCCGCGGUUUUUGUCUGGGUUUUGUAUGUAGGAAAAGGUGAAGAUGCACGGGAAGGUGACCGUCCCCCGAAUAUUAAUGUCAAUGCCACAGUGUCCUUAAGCCGCAUUGAGAACAAGACUUCUUUGUUUCAAGGAAUGAUUUCACAUAUCAGUUUGCCUCCUCCUCCUCCUGCAUUUUUUUUGGGAUACACCCUUCCUCCAGGGCAUCCAUGUAAUAGUUUCACGUUACCUCCUCCACCGGCAGAUAAAAAAAGAACUGGACCACGGCCAUGUCCUGUAUGUUAUCUUCCCGUGGAAGAAGCCAUUGCCUUAAUGCCGAAGGUCCCCUCGUUUUCUCCAGUAAUUAAGAAUUUGACUUACAUCUCUGAGGAUCCUCUAAGUGGAGAAAGAGAUUUUGGAGGCUCUGAUUUUGGUGGAUAUCCUACUUUAAAGCAGAGAAGUGACUAUUAUGACAUAAGAGAGUCAAUGAGUGUGCAUUGUGGAUUUGCCCGAGGGAAAAGACCUGGCCAGAAUACAGGAUUUGACAUGGACGAAAUUGACCUGGAUGCGAUGGAGCAGUGCCAUGGUGUUGUUGUUGCCUCAGCAAUAUUUGGAGCUUUUGAUGAAAUACAACAGCCACAUAAUGUUAGUGAAUACUCCAAGAACACUGUCUGCUUCUUCAUGUUCGUUGAUGAAGAAACAGAAGCAUAUUUAAAGAAUAACAGUGGUCUUGAUGACAGCAGGAAAAUCGGUUUGUGGAGAAUUGUUGUUGCCCAUAAUCUUCCUUACACAGAUGGAAGGCGCAACGGGAAGGUUCCAAAGCUUCUGUCGCACAGAAUGUUUCCAAAUGCUCGUUUUUCUUUGUGGAUUGAUGGAAAACUUGAACUUGUUGUCGAUCCAUAUCAAAUUCUAGAAAGGCACUUAUGGAGGAAAAAUGCUACCUUUGCAAUUUCUAGACAUUACAGACGCUUUGAUGUGUUUAUCGAAGCCGACGCAAAUAAAGCUGCUGGCAAAUAUGAAAAUGCCUCCAUUGACUUUCAGGUUGAAUUUUAUAAAAAGGAGGGUUUGACUCCAUAUUCUGAGGCCAAGCUUCCUAUCACAAGUGAUGUUCCUGAAGGAUGUGUCGUAAUAAGGGAGCAUGUUCCUAUCAGCAACCUCUUUACGUGUCUUUGGUUCAAUGAAGUUGAUCGCUUUACUUCCAGGGACCAAAUCAGCUUUUCCACUGUCAGGGAUAAGAUUCAUGAGAAAACAAAUUGGACUCUCAACAUGUUCUUGGACUGUGAAAGGCGCAACUUUGUUGUUCAGAAAUACCAUAGAGAUGUUUUAGAACAGAUGGCUCAUCCUCCUCCUGUUUAUCCUCCGCCCCCACCGCUGCUACUACCGCUACGGCCGCCUGUUUUGGUUAAUGAACCUCCAAUUCAAACAACACCUGAAACUUCAACUGAAAAGGUGAUAGGUGCUCCUGUUAGGAGAGGCCCAGCCAGGCGUGGGAGGAGGUCUGGUUCUAGGCGCCACCGCAAAGUUGUUGCUGGUGGCAAGGACACCGAUGCAAGUUAA